GUUUAAAUGAUAUAGAUGUACUAUGCAUCUUCUGGCCCUCUUACUCGACAAUGUCAAAAGCAGGUUUCUGGAUCACAACUAAUGGGAAGACCGGCUGCAUCUCCUGGUGGUACCAGUGUUUCAAACUUUGAUAACACAACAACAUCUCCACUGCCGUAUGCCAACUCCCCAAGGUCUAGCACAAACAUGAUGAAUACGCCAUCACCUCAACAACAAAGCCAACAACAGAAGCAACAACAACAGCAGCAACAGCAGCAAAAAUUGAUGCAAUUACCUCAGCAUCAGCAGCAGCAACUCCUUGCUCAGCAACAAUUUAGGCAAUCUGCAAUGCAAGGACUAGGGCAAAACCAACUGCAACAGCUGCAUGAUUUGCAGCAGGGCCAGGCGCAGAAGUUUCAGUCGUUACACGGACAACAUCAAAUGCAAUUUUCUCAGCCUCUGGGGCACCAGCAAUUUCAGGGUAGGCAGUUGCCUUCUGGACACGUUCAACAAGGCAUUGGUCAAAACCAACUUAAUCCAGGAAAUCAAAUGAGUCGUCAUCUUGGCCAGUUUUCUGGCACUGCAAAUAGUGCACUAUUUAAUGCUGCUCAGACGACACCGAGUCAAAUGAUACCAAACAUUUCGGCCACUAUGCCCUCACAAGCACUUCUGCCUCGAAUGCAGUUUGAAUUGUCUGGUAACAAUCCCCAGAGAAGCCAUGCUUCCCAAAUGUUGAGUGAUCAGAUGUUUAACAUGGGAGCAGCAAAUACUGGUGGUAUGAUGCCCCUACAGCAGCAGCAGCAGCAGCAGCAACAGCAGCACGGUUCACAAGGUGCAUUCGGAAACAUUCCACCAAAUGCUCAGAAUCUUCAGUCUAAUAUGGUAGCACUUCAGGGCACACCACAGAAUCAUCCCAAUUUUGGCCAACAGAGACAGCAAAAUCAGCAAUAAGACUAAUGUUUCUAGUUUGUCAACAGAAACUUCAAAACUUUUAAAUUUUUGCUCUCUGAAAAACAGAGUUAGUGUCUAUCUGUUUGGGUAAAAUAGCUAAGAAUUGGCAAUUGGCACUAACCUGGUGUAUGUAAUUGUUGUUAUUGACCUAUAAAAAAGCUUGUACAUGCUGUUUAUUAUUUAGUUUGUAGAAA